UUUUUACUUUCUAUAAUUUGACUUUAGAAAAGAAAAAGAAAAAGAAAUGAGAAUAGAAAACAUUAUCGAUUAUUUCAAUGGCAAAAAAGUCAAGGUUAGAAAGAGUAAAUUAAAUGAAUUGGUUGGAAAAGUCAAAGUCAACACAAGGAUGAAGAAGAAAAAACACCUAAAUAAAUGAGGAACAAGAAGGCCGAACAAGAAAGCUCCUCCAUUAUCGACAAUAAUGGAUGAAGUGAAGCUACAUGGGCAUUGGUCGAGUCCUUUCGUUUAUAGAGUUAUAUGGGCUUUGAGAAUCAAAGCUAUUUCCUACCAAUAUGUUGAAGAAGAUAUCCACAACAAAAGUCCUUUGCUUCUUCACUACAAUCCUAUCUACAAGAAGGUUCCUGUUUUCGUUCAUGGCGGAAGAUCUAUCUGUGAGUCUACUGUUAUCCUUGAAUACAUCGAUGAGACAUGGCCACAAAACCCUUUACUUCCUGUCGAUCCACUCGAUCGAGCUACCGCACGAUUUUGGAUUCAAGUCGUUGAGGAUAUGGGACUAAGCACAUGGAGAAUGUUUUGUUCGAGUGGAGAGGAACGAGAAAAGGAGAAGCGAAAGAGCUUGGAGAUGCUGCAAAUUGUAGAAGAGAAAGCUAUUGAUGACAGAAAAUUCUUUGGUGGAGAGAAGAUCGGGAUGGUAGAUUUGGUGUAUGGAGUAUUUGGAUAUUGGUUAGGAGUGAUUGAAGAUCUAAUUGGCCAGAAAUUGAUCGAAACACCUUCCUUUCCUCGACUGCAUGCUCGAAUAAAAAAUUUCUUGGAAGAUCCAAUAAUUCGAGAGAAUUGUCCUGAUCGAGAUAAGAUGGUCGUCUCUUUUAAAGCCAUAAGAGAGCGACUUCUUCGAUCAAGAUAAUGUUUUUACUUUUGAACCGUCGUAGAAUGUAAUUUGAACUUCUACCAGUGAAUUUUCACCAGAAGCUAAGUACUCUAUUUGUCUUUAAAUUUGUUCCGUUUUAUUCUAUAUAUUUUCAUAUAUCCCAUUGAAAUCUCGAUUUAAUCUUUGACUUAUCAAAUCUCAAAUUUCAAUAACCGACUAAAAUCCUUACUAAGGAAAGCAAAACUUCGUAGUAAGAUCCCCUCACCGAAACAAGAAAGAAACAAACAAACCUAAGAUUAAUUGAAUUGAAGGAUGGAAGAAGAAGUGAAGGUCCACAGAAAUUCCACAGAGUGAUUUGGGCUCUACAACUCAAACGCAUUCCCUACCAGUUCAUUGAAGAGGAUUUGACCAACAACAGCAUUUUGCUCCUACGUUACAAUCCCCUCUACAAGAAGAUUUCGGGUGCUCGUCUAUCUACAAAUCCGCCGUCAUCCUCGAGUAUAUCGACGAUGCUUGGCCAAAAAAUCCUCUGUUGCCGUCGGAACCUUACGACAGCCACAACUCGUUUCUGGAUCAAAUUCAUUCAGGAUAAGGUUGGUCGACGGAUCCUUUUCUUGUCCUAAUGCUGCUCUUUUUAGGUCCCAAAUCACAAGAUUUUGAAGGAAUUUUUUGAUGUCAUCAAAAUUGAUAUUGAAAUGAUCAAAACGUGGUAGGAAUAAUACCAAAUAUGUAAUUCAAUAUUGAAAAAGUUUUAGAAGCAGGAAGUACUGAUAUUUAGGAGAAUUUUUACCGCGAGAGUGGAAGAGCGAGAGCGAGAGCGAGCAAGGAAAGAGAGUCUGGAAGUGCCGAGGACGAUCGAGGAGUGAAGCCUCGACGGUGGUGAGUUCUUCUGGGGAGAUGAGAUCGAUAUGAUUGAUUUGGUGUAUGAAUGGAUCGAGGUUUUUGAAGAAGUUAUGGACCUUGAAUUCCCUUGCCUCCAAGCUUGGAUGGAGGAUUUCAAUGCUGUCACAGUUAUUCGAGACCACAUUCCCAAUCACCAUCAAAUGGUCCUCCAUCUCCGCCGUUGCCGCCAACAACAACUGCUUCAAUCUGCCCUAAACUAGGAAAUGCUGCAAAUCGUAAAAGAGAAAGGCGUUGAUGAGUGAAAUUUUUUUGGCAGAGAGAAGAUUGCACGAUCGAAAUGGAAGCUCUAGCCUCUAACGAUUCGAGAGAAUCAUCCCAAUCAUGAUCAGAUGGUCAUCACUUUCAAGGUCUUGUGCGACUCUUGUAUUGUAUUCUGUGUCUGUAUCGUGUGAUAUGUAGAGUAUUGCUUCUAGUAAUUUAAAACCAAUACAAGAAGUCAACAACAAUCCAUAAAAAAAGUUAUAAUAAUUUAUAAAACCAAAUUUAUAAGUGAUAGAGAAGUAAGGUUCUCAUAGAAAUUGAAAUUGGAAAUUCAAGAUUUACCUCCAUUGAAGCAUGGAAGAAGAAGAAGAAGUGAAGCUCCAUGGGAGUUGGGCAAGUCCUUUCACCUACAGAGUGAUUUGGGCUUUGCAACUCAAACACAUACCCUAUCACUUCAUUCAAGAAGACAUGGCCAACAAAAGCCCUCUCCUCCUUCACUACAAUCCCGUCUACAAGAAGAUUCCGGUGCUCAUCCAUGCCGGAAACCCUAUCUGCGAAUCCGCUGUCAUCCUCGAGUACAUAAACGACACUUGGCCGGAAAAUCCUCUGCUGCCGUCCGAUCCUUUCGACAGAGCUACCGCUCGCUUCUGGAUCAAAUUCAUAGAGGAUAAGGUAAUUGUUUGCAUGUUCUGUUAGAUCCGAAGACGUUUUUAUGGAUUCUUUGAAUUUUGCAUAGGAAGCAACGAUGAGGAGGAUUUUUACAGCGGGAGAGGAAGAGAGAGAGGAGGCGAGGAGAGAAACACUAGAAGUUCUGAAGACGAUCGAAGAGCGGGGAAUCGGCGACCGGAAGUUCUUCGGAGGAGAGGAGAUUAAUAUGGUUGAUUUGGUGUAUGGAUGGAUGGCUGUGUGGAUAAAGGUUUUUGAAGAAGUUCUGGAUAUGAAGAUUAUGGACGGACUUGAGUUCCCUCGCCUCCAUGCUUGGGCGGAAAAUUUCAAAGCCGCCGCCGUGAUCAGAGAUCACAUUCCCGAUCACCAUCAAAUGGUGCUCCAUCUCCGCCGCCGCCGACAGGAACUGCUCCGAUCACCCUCAAACUAGUGGCCUCUGCCUUUUCGUUUUUCUACGUUGGCGAUCAAUACAAUCCUAUGUAUAUUUGGGUUUUAUAAUUAUUCGGAUAUCUGGAGUGAGGAUUGAACUUUUGGUUUUGAAUCGAUUUCUGGUAGUUAUAAUGUUUAGUUCUUGGUCACACAUUGUUCGGUCCUUUUAUUAAGAAAGAAAAAUCAAUCAUCCGCGACCUAUGAUUUCAAAUGAAAAGUCUCAACCAUGGUGAGACAUCACUCGUAUGUAUUCUAGGUGGUGGGGUGUAUGAGUAGGAUGUUUGUUGUUAUUAAUUUGUACAAACGGUCAAGUUUCAAGAUGUGAAUGAAAACUAAUAUUAUGCUAGCAUCAAAA